AUGGAAACUAUCACUUUUAAUCCCUCAUACGAACCUACAGUAACUGGCAUAGGAUGCCAAAUGGACAUAAAUAUAAAUCCUAAGCAACAGCGAUCAAAUGAUCAGCUCAUGAUACACAAAACCACCAUGUCAAAUUCUGGAGCUUUAUAUUCUACCGAAGCACAAAAGCAAAAUAAUAAUAAUAAUAAUAAUAAUAAUACUGGGAAACCUUCAUGUCAGUUAUUUUCUAGCAAAGAAGGUUUUAUUCAAAAGAGCCUAUCUCAUUAUUCUACUCAAGUUGAAACUUUAUUAUCUGACCCCUCAAUACAGUCUCUGCAAUUAACUCAAUCGUCUCAAUACCCUAGUUUUGAAACUUCCUUCUGGAAAGAGCAAAAUACAUUAUGUUAUUAUGUAGACGCUAAUGGCAUCUGUGUUGCUCGAAGACAAGAUAAUAAUAUGAUCAAUGGUACAAAAUUAUUAAAUGUGACUGGAAUGUCUCGUGGUAAACGUGAUGGUAUAUUAAAGAAUGAAAAAUCCAGAGUUGUCGUUAAAGUGGGACCAAUGCAUUUAAAAGGCGUUUGGAUUACAUUUAAUCGUGCAAAGGAACUCUCUGAGGAAUUCAUGAUAACAGAAUCACUUUAUCCUUUAUUUCUGGAUGAUCCUGUUAUCUAUUUCCAGAAUAUGCAAAUACAAAACUUUAGCAUUCAUUCUGUAUCUUCUAAUCAUACAGAGCAAACUAAAACACAUUCUAAUAAAUUUCAACAAUAUAAUUUUACGCCAUUUCAAAAUGACACUUGUAAUCAAUUAAACCCAAAAAGUUUUAACCUAUCAAUUAUGAAUGAAGCAUGUGAUAUUCAAACACAAAAAAAACAUAAUAUUCCUUCUAAUACAUUCAAUACACCUAUAUCCUCCAACGCAGCCUCACAUUAUUUCCCAGUGAAUGAUACAGCUAGUAAUUCCAACAUACCUGGUCCGGUUAAUAAUCACCCUAUAUAUCCUUCUCCUACCAAUAAUGAUCAUUGCGUUUCAGGCCAUAGUUAUGACCUUCAUCAAAAUAUGUAUAUACUAGAUUCUCAUUAUGAUUUAACAGACUUUACAAGUUCUACCAUGUCAACCCCGAUGACACCCGUUAGCCCCUCAAUAGCCGCUCCUCUUUGUGAAUCUGAAACUCAUAAUUCUGAUCAAACACAUAUUCUAACAGAGAAUAUGGCAUUUACUUCUAAUAUUUAUUUACAGCAAAUACAGCCUUAUACAUAUGAUUCCAUAUAUCCUCCUACUACUACUUAUUUAUAUACAUCAGCCAUCCCAACAAGCAACUUCGUAUCCUCUGCCCCUCCAGAGACGAACAAGAUGAUAUUUCAAUUUGAUAAUUCUAACCUAUUAAUAAGUAAUAAUAUGUUAUUUUAA